AUGAAGUCGGCUACGCAGGCCGUGGGCAAGCUGGCCACCGCAUGUGCUGCCGCUGGAGCUGUAUAUGCCGUCCUGCUCGGCAUCCUGCUCACACCGAGAGCGCAGAGAUUGUAUAUAUGCCAACGCCUUCAAUACCUUGAGAUGGCGCGACGUACACGAUGGCACUGCGCAUGGAUUUGCUCCCAACCAAGUGACUCCAUUCAAUCUCUCAACUCCUGACGGCGAAAUACUGUAUGCUUGGCACAUCCUGCCUCUCAAUCAAUAUACACGCCACGAGACUGCCAUUCUCAAUGAGGCUCAGAGACGAGAUGGCCCCGUCGACGACUUCACCACAACUACGGCAUACAAAGUAUUGACCUCACGGGAUCCGUCUCCCGCCAAGGUGGUUGUCAGUUUUCAUGGCAACGCUGGCCACAUCGCGCAAGGCUGGCGUCCUGCAGCUAACCGUCUGAUCACCAACAUGCCCAAUACGCACGUCUUCACCAUAGACUAUCGGGGGUUCGGCCAUUCUACGGGCACGCCUACUGAGGCUGGGCUGAUUGCUGAUGGUGUGGCGCUUGUCGAAUAUAUCGUGGGAACGACCAAGAUCCCACCAGAGCGGAUCGUGAUCCUCGGCCAGAGUCUAGGUACUGCUGUCUCAGCAGCUGUUGCCCUUCACUUCGCGGAUCGCAGAAAUGCCCUGUUGCCCCCUUCGUUGCAUACAUCGAGCCUGUCUGAUGCAUCGGACCAGAAAACGCUACCGACGACGUUUGCUGGUGUCGUUCUUGCGGCUCCUUUCAACAGCAUUCCAACUCUUCUACUCACUUAUCGGAUUGGCGGCUUCCUCCCGCUCUUGCUGCCUCUCAGGCCCUUUCCUUCCCUCGCGCAGAUGCUCAUGGCGAAAGUCGUUGAUACAUGGCAAACCGCCGACAGGCUUUGGGCAUAUUACCAUGCGCUCGAAGGCACCCCAAGUUUGAACGACGGUACUCGAAACAAAGGCUCUGUUCAGAUCAUACACGCAUUGAACGACGCAGAUAUUCCAUUUCACCAGACGGAGAUGAUUUAUAGACGCGUAUUUAGCCAGCGGAAGUCCCAAGAUGCUUUCGAUACUAGUGAGCUGGAGCCGAGUGAGCUCAUCGCAGGCAACGAGGGGCCCGCUGUCUUCGAUGUCAAGAAGGACGGGUUUCCAAGAAUGCGCUUUGAUUUUGUUGAACAUGGUGGACACAACCGGAUCUUGACCUAUAGCCCCGUGGCAGUGGCCAUCAGUCGAGCACUCGAAGGCUUUUCGGACAGCUGA